AUUGCCACCGGCAACGAAUUACUUCGAUGAUGAGAAAAGCUCACCCAAAUCCCUUGUUGUCUGGAGCUUCGGGUUUCUAUGAUUCACUGGAUAGUCUCCACCGAAAUGUGAGAAAAGGCGAGAGAAGCUCCUAGCUCAACCCAAGGAAGCUUACCUGUAGCAUCAACCUGCUUUGACGAUUCCAUAUUUCUUCACAAGUAAAGUCGUAAAGGAGCUGCUGGUGAGCUAAAUUAUGUAAGUUUUAAACUGGUAGGAUCGAUCUAUUGAAGCUGCCAACUUGGAAACCAAACAGCUUUGUUGUCUUCUCAGAAAGCUUGUUCUUUACGUCAUCCAUGGCUUUAGUUAGAGCUCAAGCAGCCUCUUCUUCUCGAUGUGAUUAUCAAGUUUUCUUGAGCUUCAGAGGCACCGACACUCGCAAGACUUUUACAGAUCACCUCUACACUGCACUGGUGAACGCCGGAUUUCGCACUUUCCGAGAUGACUUUGGACUCAAGAAGGGGGAAGAUAUCAAGCUAGAACUGAAGAAAGCUAUCCAACACUCCCUAUGCUAUAUCAUAGUGUUCUCUGAACAUUACGCAUCGUCUGGUUGGUGCCUUGAUGAGCUUGUGAUGAUCCUUGAAGGCAGGAGGGUCUCUGAUCAUUUCGUUUUACCAGUGUUCUACCAUGUUGAUCCGUCUCAUGUGAGGAAGCAGACAGGAGCUCUUGCACAAGCAUUUGCUUUGCAUCAACAAAAUCAAUCGUUUGACAAGGUUAAGGGAUGGAGGGCAGCUCUUACAGAAGUUGCUGAUCUCUCAGGGAUGGUCUUGGAUAAUGAAGCUGAUGGGCAUGAAUCAAUGUUCAUCCAAAAAGUUGUUAAUGUAAUCGGAGACAAGCUUGGUCGUGUGCCCUUCGGCCCUGCACAGAUCAUGGCUUUAAAGACUAUGGCUUCUGGGGAGGUCAAAAACUUGACAGAUAGAUCACUAGAGAAGCUGCAAAUGAAGUUGUUGUCUGCUAAGUCUUGUCUUGAUGAUGCCGAGGAGAAGCUACUGACUAAACCAACAGUGAAGGAGUGGGUUGAUGAGCUUAAAGAGGCCAUUUAUAAUGCCGAGGACCUGUUGGGCGAGAUCAAGACUGAAGCAUUAAGGCGUGAAUUGGAAGGAGAAUACGCAAGCAAUAUCACUGAUAAUGUACAAGAGCUCAGUUUUAGUCCAUUUCAUGCCUUUGACACAACAUUGAUGUACUCCAGGAUUAAUGAAGUUCAUGGGAGACUGAACUUGAUUAUCCAACAGAUAGAUGUCCUGGGUUUGAAAACAGAUGCUGUAAAUGGUGCAGCAUAUCAAACUGUACUUUCAACUUCAUUUGUAGAAGACUCUGUGCAUGGAAGAGAUGCGGAGAAGGAGGCAGUAAUUAAACUAUUGCUAAGCGGUUGGCCAAAUGAAAAAAUAAUUGACAAUGGAUGUGAGAAAUUCCAAAGAACGAAGGCACUAUUGCUACACGAUGAUGAGACUAGCAAUAAGAUAAGAGUGAUUCCUAUUGUGGGCAUGGGAGGGAUUGGGAAAACCACAUUUGCUCAGCUCAUAUACAACGAUCCGAGAGUGAGACAGCACUAUGAUCACUUUGCAUGGAUUUGUGUCUCAGAGAAUUUUGAUGUUCUCAGAAUAACACAAAUGAUAGAUGAGCAAAUCAGUUCAGCAACAUGUGAUGUCAGGAACCUAGAUCAGCUUCAAUCAAAAGUGAAGACAACUGUAACUGGAAAGAAAUUUCUGUUUGUUAUGGAUGAUGUCUGGAACGAUAAUCAUCACCUUUGGGAUUCUUUAAGGCGUUCAUUUGAGUGUGGCGCACAGGGAAGUACGAUCGUCUUCACAACACGCAGUGAAGGUGUGGCAUCCAUGAUGGGUACUUUUCAAGCUUUCCAUCUAAAGCAAAUGUCUGAUGAAGAUGCCUGGUUAUUGUUUGAAAAAUAUGCCUUCAAUAGGAAGGGUAGUCCCACACCCUCAAAUCUUGAAGAAAUAGGAAGACAAGUUGUUGGGAAGUGUCAAGGUCUUCCUUUGGCUAUUAAAGCACUUGGGGGUCUGUUACGUUCUUACAGAACUGUGGAGGAAUGGGAAACUAUUUUAAUUUGUGAUAUAUGGGAGGUUGAAGGAAACGUUAUGCCAGCAUUACUGUUGAGCUACUGCUAUUUGCCUCCAUAUCUGAAACGCUGCUUUGCCUAUUGUUCAAUAUUUCCCAGAGGCUAUGAAUUUGAAAAAACUGAACUGAUAUCCUUAUGGAAAGCUGAAGACCUCAUUCAAUCCACCAACAGGAAAACGGUGGAAGAAGUUGGAGAAGACUACUUCAAUGAUCUAGUCUCAAAGUCCUUUUUUUCACCAUAUCAGUUCCGAGCAACAGAUAACAAAACAUAUUAUAUAAUUCAUGACUUGAUCAAUAAUAUAGCAAAGAUUGUAUCUGGAGAAUUCUGUGUCAGCUGGGAAGAAGGUGGCUCCUCUACUGUUGUGGCCAAGACUCGUCAUUUUUCAUUUAUGAAAAAAUAUGAUCAUAGCAAUGAGGAAUUUGAGGGUUUACAUGAAGCCAAAUCUUUGCGUACCUUUCUACCGUUAUCACAAAAGAUGCAGAUAGAGUCACACAGGUACGGAAUGAGAAAUGAAGUACUGAAUGAUUUACUGCCGAAACUACGGUGCUUAAGAGUGCUCAAUUUAUCAAAAUAUGAUAUCAGGUGGUUGCCUGAUGCAAUCUACAACUUGAUACAUCUAAGGCACUUGAACAUGUCCUCCAGUUCUAUUCUACGGUUACCUGAUUCCAUUUGUACUCUGUACAAUUUGCAAGAAUUAUUUCUGUCAGACUGUAAAGCUCUUACUGAAUUGCCUACCAACCUGGGAAGAUUGAUCAACUUGACUCAUCUGGAUAUAGAAGGUACAAACUUGCGGAAGAUGCCAGCACAAAUGGGAAAUUUGAAAAAUCUCAGGGUCCUAAACAAGUUUGUGCUACACAAGGAUACUGCAGAGCAUGAUAUUCUAGAGUUGAAGAAGCUUCACAAUUUGAGUGGAAGGCUUGUUAUUUCAGGGAUUGGUAAUAUUUUUCACAGUAGAGCUCUGAACGCCAGCAUUCUGAUGGACAAACAGUUUCUUAAAGAAGUAGUUUUGGAUUGGGGAGGAGAACGAAGUUUGGAUUGGAGAUUAUAUACACAACUAGAAAGAGAAGUGCUUGACAAGCUCCAACCUCAUCCAAACCUUGAAGAUCUCUCAAUUCGUUAUUACAGAGGCACAAUGUUUCCAGAUUGGCCAGUCUAUUAUUCUUCCUCUACUCUUGUCUUUCUUCGACUUUACAAAUGUGGAAGUUGUAUCACCUUGCCGCAACUAGGGCAGCUACCUUCCCUCAGAGAGCUUCAUAUUAUGGGAUUAGAUGGAGUGAGGUCCAUAGGCCCUGAGUUUUAUGGCGACGGCAAAAUUAAGCCAUUCAGAUCUCUGCAGGUGUUAAGUGUCAAUGGAAUGCUUGGACUGGAAGAAUGGUGUAAUAUUGGAGAUACCAAUCAUGAACUUGAGGUGUUUUCUAAUCUUCAAGAGCUUUGUCUCAUAGAUCUUCCUAACCUGACUGGCACAUUCGCCUUUGACAACUUUCCCAUGCUUAAAAUCCUAUUUUGGAGCAAUUUAUCACUUGCUGUUUCUCGGAGCCGUAACAAGUUCCUAGCUCUCACUUCAGUGACAUUUCUUCGCUGCCCAGAAAUUGUAUCAUUUCCAGAUGGAGGUUUGCAUGCACCCAAUUUGUCUGAGUUAAAUAUGCAAAGAUGUGGGCACUUGAGGUCUAUGCCGGCACAAAUGCACAACCUUCUGCCAUCUCUUCAGAAGCUUCAGGUAUUGUAUUGUCCAGAACUGGAAUCAUUUCCUGAAGGGGGUUUGCCAUCAAAGUUAGAAUCACUUGAAAUCUCUUGCGAAAAUCUCAUUGCAAAGCACAUGCAUUGGGGUCUCCACAGACUCACUCGUCUUACGCACUUGUUGCUUGUCUGCCAAGAAAAUGAAGAACUUGUAGAGUCAUUUCCGGAGGAAGGGGUUUAUCUGCCCAUCUCUCUCACUUUUCUCAGAAUCAAAAACUUUUUGAAGCUGAAGACCAUCAACCAGAAGGGAAUUGGGCACCCCAGCUCUCUUCAAACUUUGGAAAUUAUGAAUUGUCCUGCUCUCCAGUGCUUGCCGAAGGGAUUUGGGCAUCUUAACUCUCUUCAAACUCUGAAAAUUAUGAAUUGUCCUGCUCUACAAUGCUUUCCAGAAGGAUUUGGGUACCUCAGCUCUCUUCGAACCUUGAACAUCUCACAUUGUCAUGCUCUCCAAUGCUUGCCAAAGGGAUUUAAGCACCUCAACUCUCUCCGAACCUUGGAGAUUACGAAUUGUCCUGCUCUCCAGUGCUUGCCAGAGGGAUUUGGGCACCUCAUCUCUCUUCAGACCUUGAAGCUCACGCAUUGCCCUGCUCUCCAGUGCUUGCCAUUGGGACUUGGGUACCUCAACUCUCUUCAAACCUUGGAGAUUACGAGUUGCGGUGCUCUCUUGUGCUUUCCAGAUGGAUUUUGGCACCUCAACUCUCUUCAGACCUUGAAGAUUAUAGAUUGUCUUGCUCUCCGAUGCUUGCCAUAUAGAAUUGGGCGCCUCAACUCUCUUCAAACCUUGGAGAUUAUAAAUUGCCCUGCUUUCCAGUGCUUUCCAGGUGAAAAGCUGCCUAGUUCUCUUACUUAUCUAAAAAUUGAGGAAUGUCCUCUGCUACAUGAACGGUGCAAAAGAACGAGUGGGCAAGACUGGCUUAAGAUUGCUCACAUCCCCACUAUAAUCAUCAAUAAAGAAAGGUUUAUGAUGUGAUAUGCGUAAUCAUCUAUCUUAUCAGCUGGAUUUGGAAGACGGUCUGCUUCAACAAGUACUUGCUAUGAGUGAUGAUGCUAUCCUUCUGGUUAAUAUGCAAUCUGCUGAUGGCACACAUUCAUUUCUUGACUAAUGGGUAAUGCAUCCCUGUUUAAAAUGUCUAAGACUAGUUUUUCGUUGUAUGUUAUGUCUUAUGAGAUAGGACUAUAAAAGCAGCUUGCCUUGAAACAUGUAGAGAGAACUGGAUGCCUUUAAAUGCUUUUUUUUUAAAUCCUCGCUUCAUUUCUCAGUAGAAAUUGCUCAUUUCAAGUUCUUUGUUUGGGAUACCUUGGCCGGUCAUCCAGUGAUCGAUGUCUCAUGCUUACAUUAUGUGUACAAUACGUGUUUAUAAUGUUAAACCAAAAUCCAAAAGAAGUUGAUAUUACAAGUUGCCUUAACUGGUUCUUUUGUU